AUUUUCCACCCCCCUCCAGGCUCCUCUUCCCUCUUCCUAUCGUCCCGCUGCACGACUGGCUCGUCGACAGCUGUUUCUUUCCUUCGAGGACAUCUCCUACACAUCAACCUAUACACAAUGUCGAAGAGAUCUGCCGACGCCUCCGACGAGCAGUCCGCCGCGCUCAAGGCCGGCGAGCGCCCGAUCACCGAGAACCCCCCCGAUGAGAUGGGAGAGUUCGAGGACGAGUACGAGGACGAGUUCGAAAGUGAAGAUGAGGUUCUCGAGGCCGGUGUGGAUGGUCGUCCGGAUGCAGAGCGUGAGGAAGAGGAAAGAGAAGCCAUGGAUGUCGACAAGCAGACUUUCAUUCCCGGAAGAACGAAGCUCGCUCCCGGAGAGGUCCUGUCGCCCGACCCGACCACGUACGACAUGCUUCACACCCUCAGCACACCAUGGCCCUGUCUCUCCUUCGAUAUCGUCCGCGACAACCUGGGCGACAACCGCAAGACCUACCCCGCGACCGUCUACGCCGUUGCGGGUACACAAGCCGAGGGCAAGCGCGCCAAGGAGAACGAGCUGAUGGUUCUUAAGCUGAGCGGAUUGAGCAAGAUGGAGAAAGAUAAUGAGACGGACUCCGAGAGCGACUCGGAUUCCGACGACGACAUGGGCGAAGCCAUCCUUGAGCACAAGAGCAUCCCUCUCGGAUCAACGACCAACCGUAUCCGCGCUCACCAGACUCCCAACCAGUCGGGCGACUACUCCAAGCCCCCUCAGACCAUCACCGCCACUAUGCUCGAGAAUUCGCAAGUCGUCAUCCACGAUGUCACCCCUCAUCUCACCAGCUUCGAUGUCCCCGGUACUAUGCUCCCUCCCUCGGCAUCCAAGCCCCUCUCUACCUUGCGCAUGCACAAGUCGGAAGGUUACGCCCUUGACUGGUCUCCGUUGCAGCCCCUUGGCAAGCUGUUGACUGGUGACAACGACGGCUUGAUCUACGUGACGACUCGUACCGAGGGAGGCGGCUGGGUGACCGACACCCGUCCCUUCACCGGUCACAGAUCUUCCGUCGAAGAACUCCAGUGGUCCCCGAACGAGAAGAACGUCUUCGCCUCCGCCAGCAGUGACGGAACCGUCAAGGUUUGGGAUGUUCGGUCCAAGUCGCGUAAGCCCGCCGUUGAUGUGCAGGUUUCGAACACCGAUGUGAACGUCAUGAGCUGGUCAAACCAGACUUUCCACCUGCUCGCAACCGGCGCUGAUGACGGUCAGUGGGCCGUCUGGGAUCUGAGACAUUGGAAGCCCAGCGCUUCCUCCGCCCCGACUAAGGCUUCUCCGGUCGCGUCGUUCGACUUCCACCGCGAGCCUGUCACGAGUAUUGAGUGGCACCCCACCGACGACAGUGUUGUCGCGGUCGGUUCUGCUGAUAACACCGUUACGUUGUGGGAUUUGGCCGUUGAGUUGGAUGAAGAGGAGAACCGGGAUGCUGCAAUGCAAGAGGUCCCCCCGCAGUUGUUGUUCGUUCACUACAUGGACUCAGUCAAGGAGGUACACUGGCAGGCCCAGAUGCCUGGCACCAUCAUGGCUACCGGUGGCGGUGGCUUUGGUGUCUUCAAGACGAUCAGCGUUUAAACGAGGAAUACAAAAGUGUGAAUUCGACGAUAGCAUACAGGUAGUUGGGGUUGCGUUUAUACCACUUUUUACGACUUUAGUAUCUGAUGAAUUAGAAUCAAU